CCGGCAGGCCCCGCCCCCGGCGAUGGCAGGCGGCUCGGCGCAGCACAACGGCCCCUUCCCGGCGCUGCCGCCGCCGCUGCCGCCGCACAUGGACCCCGACCCGCCCGACUCCCGCAAGCGCCCGCUCGAGACCCCCCCCGAGGCCUCCAGCACCAAGCGCUCCAACACCGGCGAGGAGGGCGAGUACUUCCUGAAGGUGCUGGUGCCGGGCGCGGCGGCCGGCUCGCUCAUCGGCCGCGGCGGCCAGACCAUCGUGCAGCUCCAGAAGGACACCGGCGCCACCAUCAAGCUCUCCAAGUCCAAGGACUUCUACCCCGGCACCACGGAGCGCGUGUGCCUGGUGCAGGGCACGGCCGAGGCCCUCAACGCCGUGCACAGCUUCAUCGCCGAGAAGGUGCGCGAGAGCCCCCCGGCCGCCGCCAAGGCCGAGGCCGCCGGCGCCCUCCAGCCCCAGACCACCGUCAACCCCGACCGCGCCAAGCAGGCCAAGCUCAUCGUGCCCAACAGCACGGCGGGGCUCAUCAUCGGCAAGGGGGGGGCCACGGUGAAGGCCAUCAUGGAGCAGUCGGGCGCCUGGGUGCAGCUGAGCCAGAAGCCCGAGGGCCUCAACCUGCAGGAGCGGGUGGUGACGGUGAGCGGCGAGCCGGCGCAGCUGCUCAAGGCCGUGCACACCAUCGUCCACAAGAUCCAGGAGGACCCGCAGAGCAGCAGCUGCCUCAACAUCAGCUACGCCAACGUCGCCGGCCCCGUGGCCAACUCCAACCCCACCGGCUCGCCCUACGCCAGCGCCGCCGAGGCCCUGCCGCCCGCCGCCGGAUUGCUGGGGCCCGCCGGGCUGGGCGGCGCGGGCGCCUUCGCCGGCGCCUUGCCCGGCUUCUCGGGCGGCGACCUCUUGGCCAUCAGCGCCGCGCUGAACACCUUGGCCGGCUACGGCUACAGCCCGGCGGCCCUGGGGCUCGGCCUCAACUCGGCGGCCGCCUCGGGCGUCUUGGCGGCCGUGGCGGCCGGCGCCAACCCGGCGGCCGCCGCCGCCGCCAACUUGCUGGCGUCCUACGCGAACGAUGCCGCCGCCGCCGCCGCCGCCGCCGCCGCCGCCGCCCCGGCCUUCGCCCUGGGCUCGUUGGCCGCCGGGGCCAACGGCUACCUGGGCGCGACGUCCCCGCUGGUGGCCGGCUCCUUCCUGGCGCCCGAGAAGCUGGCGGAGAGCGCGAAGGAGCUGGUGGAGAUCGCCGUGCCGGAGAACCUGGUGGGCGCCAUCCUGGGCAAGGGCGGCAAGACGCUGGUGGAGUACCAGGAGCUCACGGGCGCCCGCAUCCAGAUCUCCAAGAAGGGCGAGUUCAUCCCCGGCACCCGCAACCGCAGAGUGACCAUCACGGGCCCGCCGGCCGCCACGCAGGCCGCCCAGUACCUCAUCAGCCAGCGGGUCACCUACGAGCAGGGCGUGCGGGCCACCAACCCCCCCAAAGUGGGCUAAGGGCGGCGUGGCCGCGGCGCCCGGGGUGUCCCGCGGGCACGGCGGCGUCGCCGGAGGACCCGUGGGUGCUUAACGGGCACGGCUCCGGCGCCUGGGGUGGCCGAGGGACACGGGGGUGGCCGAGGGGCAUGUCCCCGUCACCUGGGGUGGCCAACAGGCUUGGUGGCACCACCGAAGGACCCUUGGGUGACUGAAGACAUGGCUCCGGUGCCCCAAGAUGGCCAAUGGGUGCUGGGGUGGCAUCACCUGGGUACCCAAGGUGGCCGAGGGGCAUGGCCCUGUCACCCGGGGUGUCCCACGGGCUUGGUGGCACCACCGAAGGACCCUUGGGUGACUGAAGACAUGGCU